AAAUCUGUCAAUUCAUUACUCCACUCGAGUUAAAUAUUCUAAAUCAUGUCAUCGAAGGAUGGAGAAAGUUACACAUAUGAAUUUUGUGAUGAAAAUCAUCCAUCAGAAACCCUGGGAGCUCUUCGAGAGUUCUACGCUUGUGGCCUGUUUGCUGACGUCACACUCCAGUGUUGUACAGGACAGAUGUUUCACUGCCACAAGGCCUUGUUGUCAGCCCGUAGUGCCUACUUUAAAGUUAUGUUCACCUCAGAUAUGAGGGAACGUUCAAAUCUCAUCAUCGAUCUGCCUGGCGUUGAUGGAGAGAUCCUGAGUGCUCUGGUCAACUAUGUUUAUACCUCUAAAGUGAGCAUCACACAGGCUAACGUGCAAAGCCUCCUGGAAGCAGCUGAUCUUCUUCAGUUCGGUUCAGUAAAGGUGGCCUGUGAGGAGUUCAUGAUGCGUUUUUUGGAUGUUGAUAACUGCCUUGGGAUGCAUGCUUUUGCCGAGCUUCAUGUUUGCUCCAUGCUGGAGUGUGAAGCAUUGAGGAUUAUACUUAGCAGAUUUGAGGAGCUAAUAGAUCAAGAGGAGUUUUUGGGACUUGACUUUAAAAAGAUUGCCACACUUCUAUCUGCUGACAACAUUAACGUGUGGAAGGAGGAGACACUUUUAGAUGCUGUUGUGAAGUGGGUCACCUUUGACAUACGUUCCCGAAAGGAAAACACGCUGGCUCUACUGCAAUGCAUUCAGCUAGAGGUGGAUGAUGCAUAUCUCAGAACAGCUUUAGACAUACACAAACAAUGUAAUGAACACCAAAUACGAUCUAUCAUCACUCAUUCUGUGAAAUCUAGUGGAAUUUAUGCAACUCAGAAAUUAAAAACAAAAACAUCAAAAAUGUAUAUCGUAGGCGGAUAUUAUUGGCACCCGUUGUCAGAAAUUCACAUAUGGGACCCCAUUUGGAAUACGUGGGUCAAUGGGAAGGACAUGCCUGACUACACAAGAGAGAGUUAUAGUGUUUCACUUCUGGGUUCCAACAUCUAUGUGACAGGAGGAUACAGGACAGAGACAGUUGAUGCACUGGAUACAGUUUGGAUUUAUAAUGUUGACUCGGGUGAAUGGACGGAGGGAUCCUCUAUGAUCACUGCUAGAUAUUACCAUUGCUCUGUGCCCUUACAUGGUUGUAUAUAUGUCAUAGGAGGGUACACAGGGGGCGCCCCAACUAAGGAGACUGAAUUCUACGAUCCAUUAAAAAAGAAAUGGUUUCCUGUGGCAGAUAUGAUUCAAGGUGUUGGAAAUGCUACUGCAUGUGUUGUGCAAGAUAGAAUCUAUGUGACCGGAGGUCAUUAUGGAUACAGAGGGAGCUGCACCUAUGAGAAAAUACAAACGUACAGAGCUGACAUUAAUCAGUGGAGCAUUACGACAAGUAGUCCCCAUCCCGAGUAUGGACUUUGCUCAGUGUCACUGAACAACAAACUCUUCUUAGUCGGUGGUCAGAGCACCAUAACAGACUGCUAUGACCCAGAGAGCGAUAAAUGGACACAGAUAGCCAUGAUGAAGGAGAGAAGGAUGGAAUGUGGAGCUGCAGUAAUAAAUGGAUACAUCUAUGUGACUGGUGGCUAUUCCUACUCCAAAGGCACAUACUUGGAGAGUGUAGAACGAUACGACCCUGAACUGGACUGCUGGGAGAUAGUAGGGGACCUACCUAGUGCGACUCGCUCACAUGGCUGUAUUAGUGUGUUCUGUCUGUAAAGAGUUAUCAUUCAUGUCCUUAUGUAUGUUAUAUUUGUAUUUAUAUACAGAAAUUUAUUUCCCAUAUGGAUGACUGUGAUUGAUGUGUUUUCUUACAGCACUCUUUAAAAAAACUUACUCUUAAAAAAAAAA